ACGGACAGGGGGCGGCACCGGGGCCGCAGUUUGCGGAACUUUGUGACAACUUUCUGCGGAGUUUUGAAAACUUCGCCGAGUCUUGGGAAACUUUUUUUGCGGAAGUUUGUGCCAAGUUUGCGGAACUUUGCGCCGGACUUUGGCAAACUGGUGCCGGGUGGGGUGGUUUUUUUUGAGGAACUUUGAGCGAGUUUGGCGGAGUUAGCGGGUGUUGGUGUUGGUGCUGGUGUUGGCGGCUGUGGGACAUGGGCAGCGCCGCCAGGCCCGGGCAAAUUAUCCACCUCAACGUGGGCGGCAAGAGGUUUAGUUCCUCCCGGCAAACACUCACCUGGAUCCCAGACUCCUUCUUCUCCAGCCUCCUGAGUGGCCGUAUCUUCAGUCUAAGGGAUGAGACGGGAGCUAUAUUUAUCGAUCGUGACCCGACUGUGUUUGGUACAAUACUCAACUUUCUCCGCACCAGGGAGCUCCAUGCAAGAGAAACCAACAUCGAAUUGCUUCGGCACGAGGCCGAGUUCUAUGGGAUUUCGCCGCUGGUUCGACGCCUGGAAUUAUGUGCCGACUCAGAGCGCUCGUCUUGUGGGAGUGUCCUGUUUCAUGGAUUCCUCCCGCCUCCAGUCAUCCCGGCCAUGAGGCGGAACCGGCACAGUUUGGCCGGCCCGCAGAUCGUGGCGCCGCUACUGGAGGGCACGAACCGCGCGCCCGUACGCCGCAGUAACACCAUGCCGCCCAAUCUGGGCAACGCUGGCAUUGUCGGCAAACUCCUGGAGCAACGAGGAGCUGGGUCACCAUCUCAUCCAGGCAUGGUACGCAUGGUGCGCGGGCAUCACAACUGGAUUGCUGUGUCUUACGCACAGUUUGUGGUCUGUUACAGACUGAAGGAAUGUUCGGGCUGGCAGUUGGUGUUCUCCAGCCCGCGACUGGACUGGGUGAUAGAGCAGGUGGCCCUCAACGCCAAGGUGCUGGGCGGAUCUCUGGGCGACAACGACAAGAUGGUGGCGGUGGCAUCGUGCAGCGAGAUCAUCCUGUGGGCCAUCCACGAGGGAUGUAACGAGGGGUUGGGUCAAGAGAUGGGAACCUUCACUCUGGGACCACCACUGGAGGACUUGUUCUUUGUGGGGAAUCAACUCAUCGCAACCAGUCACACCGGCAGAGUUGGAGUGUGGAAUGCAGUCACCAAGCAUUGGCAGAUCCAGGAUGUGGUCCCUAUAAAUAGUUAUGACACAGCAGGUUCUCUCCUGAUCCUGGGCUGCAACAAUGGAUCGAUCUACUACAUCGAUGUGCAGAAGUUCCCGCUGAGGAUUAAGGACAAUGAUCUACUGGUGACAGAACUUUACUGCGAUCCAUCUGAAGAUGCUGUCACUGCCCUUAGUGUCUACCUCACCCCAAAGACCAGUGACAGUGGGAACUGGAUAGAGAUUGCGUAUGGGACCAGCAGUGGAACGGUGCGUGUGAUAGUUCAGCACCCUGAGACGGUGGGGUCAGGGCCGCAGCUAUUCCAGACGUUCAGUGUCCACCGCAGCCCCAUCACAAAGAUCAGGCUGUCAGAACGUAACCUCAUCUCAGUCUGUGGCGACAACAACCAUGUGAGGACGUGGACCGUGACCAGGUUCCGGGGAAUGAUCUCUACGCAACCGGGAUCAACGCCGCUCGCGUCCUUCAAAAUACUCUCCCUGGAGGACCUGGACGGGCAUAGUGGCUGCCCGGCGGGACUGGACAUCGGGCCAUUCGGAGAUCGGGACGAGGAGCAGGUGUUCGUUCAGAAGGUCGUCCCUGACACCAGUCAGCUGUUUGUGCGCUUGUCCUCCACGGGCAGGAGGAUCUGUGAGAUCCGCUCCGUCGACGGCGUGUCCAUCACGGCAUUCACUGUCCAUGAGUGUGAGGGGUCAAGCCGCAUCAGCUCUCGGGCCAGACGUUUCCUCUUCACCGGUCACUCCAACGGCAGCAUUCAGAUGUGGGACUUGACCACAGCGAUGGAGGCCACCAGCAGGGCAGCAACAGGAGAGCUGGGCGGCCCCACGGAACAGGAACUGCUACAACAACUGGAGCAAUGUGACCUGACGCUGACCCGCACUCCGGACAUGAGCCCGGCCUCCUCAUUGACCCAAGCCUCCACACUGCACCUGACCGCCUCCAGCCAGUUUCUCGUGAGCGACGGGUUCAAGGAGAAGGUGCUACGGAGCGGAGCAGGGGGACGUCGGAUGGACAGUCCCAUGUUGGCCAGACAGCGGGACGCAUCGCCCAGCUUGACCAGUCUGCAGUCGUCUGUCACCGGUCAAACAUCGCUGGGGAGAGGCGAUGUCAGCUCCUGGAUCGGGCCGGGACUGGCAGCUGCCGCUGAGGGAAGGCUCCACCGAUCUCCGCACCAGGGAGAAGGUCUGGGAGCAGCCGAGAUGGAAGGCAGGUUGGGGCAGAGGGGCAGCUUUGUGGAGCGGUGCCAGGAACUAGCCAGGACCACCGAGUUUGGGGCGCUGGACCCGCGCUGGGUGGGCUACGAGCCGGACCGAAGGAACUCGACAACGGGCAGAGCCCCGAGUGAAUGCGGCUCGUCGGAGGGUGCGGUGAUUGGAGCUGCCGCUCCCACCACAGCCGGCACAUCUGCCAACCCAACACACGAACCUCAGCCGGCCGAGAGUCCACUCGGCCCAUCCACCGAGUUACCCGCUCCAUCCCGGGUCAGGAUGAACGAGACCUCAUUCUGAAACAAUCUGACCCUUGACCCUCACCGCCACUCCGGACAUUCGU